UCACACUUCAUCCUUCAAUUAAAAAAAAAAAAAAGAAGAAAGAAACCACAAAAAUCUCAAGUUCUCAACAAUGGCUAACAUUCAACAAUACAACCGCCACUCUCAUCACCACCACAACCAACCAAAAGUCUCACACCAUGUGGCUAAGGCCACAACUGCUGUGACCCUUGGUGGGUCACUAAUCGUUCUCUCGGGCUUUACCAUGGCUGCUACAGUUAUGGGCCUUGUUAUGCUAACUCCACUAUUGGUUAUUUUUAGCCCGGUCUUGGUCCCGGCUGUGUUGACCGUUUUUAUGCUAGUUUCGGGGUUUAUGGUGUCCGGGUGGCUGGGUGCCACUUCCAUGUAUGUAUUCUACUGGUUGUAUCGAUAUGUGAGUGGGAAACAUCCUAUUGGCGCUGACCGGUUGGAUUGGGUCCGUGAAAGGAUCGCCGGAGCAGCUAUGGAUGUGAAGCAUAAGGCCAUGGAUAUCGGAAUCAAUUCGACUGAUGUUAAGGAAGGUGGUAGUCACAACAAUUACUAGAUAGUUAGUUGCAUGUGCUGUGUUUGUAUGGUUCAUAUAUGUGUAUUUUCUUUUUUGUUGGCUUGAUCUAAUUAAAAAUGGCUACUAUGUUGUUUGUAAUUGUUAUGUUUUAGUGAAAUGUAACUUGACCAUGUUCAUCUUA